AUGUUCGUUCUAUAUGCCACAGCUCUCCUCUGCUUCCUGUCUUCGAGCCAAUCAGCUCCUGCUGCUCCUCUAACCUGUGAGGAGCUCCUUAAGCCCAUGGAUCACCACGACUAGACCAGCAGCUCUUGGGGAGAUGGGCCCUCGUCGCAGGCAGUGUGAGCCACCCCUCGUAUUACUCAACCAUGUUCGCUCUCAAGGUAGGACCCUAUUCCCUAUUUGGCACCCUCUUCUUUGUAUGUAGAGCACUUCUUUUGACCCUGGUCUAAAGUAAAGCUUUAUCUUUAUAUAGGGAAUAGGGUGCCGUUUUGGAUUAAUAAUACAAAUAAAUGACAUGUCUACUAGGCUACAUGUUACUUGUCAUUCCACAUUGUUCAUUGUAAUUGUUUUUUGAUUGUUUUUUAUAUUGUGAUUGUUUCUAUUGUUUUUGUGGCUGCUGUAUGAAAACAACUCAUAAUAACCACAUCUCUUCUCUCAGAGAAAAGACAGUCACCAUGGAGUUUGCAUCCGCUACCAACACCAGAACCCCAACACCAGAACCCCAACACCACCACGACCAUCCACUAUACUCAGACUGACCGGCAUGGUGGCUGGUGCAAGUACUGUAUAUACCCAACAGCAUAUCAUACACAAAAAUGUAUGCACGCAUGACUGUAAGUCGCUUUGGAUAAAAGCGUCUGCUAAAUGGCAUAUUAUUAUUAUUAUAUCCAUCGUCAACGGCAACAGCAUCUUCCAGUUAGACAUGAGGGGCUUUUGGAACAUCACUGGGGUCUCCCUGGAGACCUCCUGCCCAGACUGCCUGGAGAUGAGGUGGGUAGCAUGAUUAACUACAGUACCCCUAAUGCUCUGUGUAACAUAUCCUGUUUGGUCUUAUUAAAGAUGUUCUUCAAGCUAACAUAAUGGUAUCUCGUCUCCUUUUCAAUAUAAGGUGAGCACCGUAAUAAGGGAGUCCACGGACCUGUACUUGCUGAGGAAGGUGGAGGGUGGGACGGGAGAGAGGUGGAGGAAGAGGAGAUGGAGUAGUUCAGGAAACAGGUGGAGUGCCUGGGGCUUCCGCCGCCAGUGGUGGUGUAGCCUGGGAAACCCCUCAGUGAUUCCUAUCAUCCCUGAUACCCUACCCUCUUAAGACAGGGGUAGAAGAAGAAGAAGAUCCAUCAAUGUGAUAAAAGUAUAGAUUCUGAGAGAGUGGGGGCAGUGAAAGAGAGAUGUAGAGACACUUUCUGUUUUGUAAUAUAGCAAUUUUGUAUGUACUGUUUGUUGAUAUACUGUAUGACUGUACUGAAUUAUUUAUAUUGGCUUCUUUAACAGAUUUAAUGUCAUUCAUUGAGUUAAUUAAAGUCUAAGAGCUUCAGUUAAUUCACAGAGACAGUGGAAUCCAGCAGGAAUGUUCACAGCAAAUUAUCCAGCGUUGAAUCAACUCUGAGUUCAAUUUAAUACUUUUCCAGAGUGUAUAGGGUCCACACUAUUCAGAGCUAAAUUAACAAUUUGUUUAGAGCUGAUGCCAUUACACUUUCUCAGUGUUAUGGAAUUAACACCUGCAGUUUUACAGUAACUCGUUUUGGGUGUUGUUUUAACCCUAGAACCACUGGGCUUCUCAGCAUACAGUAGAAGUACCGGCUAGAGGGUUUCCCAAGGCUUGAUGAUUAGUUGACUAAUUGAAUCAGGUGUGCCAGUUUAGGGUUAAAACAAAAAUGUGAGAUGCCUGGGGGGGCGAGGAGAGGUUUGGGAAACCACGUGGUAGAGAACGCUGUCGGGCGUCACCUUUAUCCUACGCAUCAGAUUCAUCUGCUGUGUUGUUAGAAACCUAAAUAAUCCCCCCCAAAUAUUUUAGAUUGGAUGUUGUCACGUUUUAAGAAUAUUUAGUUUUUUAAUGCAAGUAUGGAUUACUUUUGUAUUAUGCUAAAUAAGCCUACUGCAACACAGGCUAUUUUCCUUUUUCUUGCAAUAAAACACCACAAUGUAAUACAUUUUAUUGGUAGCUUCGAUUACUCAUAGAGUCCAGUAGCAGCUUGUUUUUACAAAGUAAAAAAUAAUAAUAUACCUGCAAAGCGCAGUCAAAUGAUUUGCCAUAAACAUAAGCACCAACGCUUGAUAAAUAGUGCAAAACACAAAUGUAAAGUAUUAAUUGCAUAAAUAAAUAUUUGUGGAAAUAUAUCAUCCAUGACAAGAUAUAAAAACGAGUCAUUUGUUGAUUGUAUCGGGGUUAAGGUAAUAGUUAAGGUUAGGUUAAAGGGUUAAGGUUAGGAGAAGGAUUAGCUAACAUUCUAAGUAGUUGCUAAAAUGCUAAAGUUGUCCGUGAUGAGAUUUGAACAUGCAACCUUUGCGGGUGUAAUUUAACCUUUUCGCACGCACAUAGGCUUCAGCCACACCUACAGUGCAUUCGGAAAGUAUUCAGACCCCUUCCAAAUUUUGUUACGUUACAGCCUUAUUCUAAAAUUGAUUAAAUUGUUAGUUUUUUUCCCUCAUCAAUCUCCACAUAAUACCCCAUAAUGACAUAGCAAAAACAGGUUUUUAGAAAUGUUUGCAAAUGUAUUAAAAGUAAAAAACUGAUAUCACUACAUAAGUAUUCUGACCCUUUACCCAGUACUUUGUUGAAGCACCUUUGGCAGGGAUUACAGCCUCAAGUCUUCUUGGGUGUGACGCUACAAGCUUGGCAGAUCCUCUCAAGCUCUGUCAGGUUGGAUGGGAGCGUCACAGCACAGCUAUUUUAAGAUCUCUCCAGAGAUGUUCGAUCGAGUUCAAGUCUGGGCUCUGGCUGGGCCACUCAAGGACAUUCAGAGACUUGUCCUGAAGCCACUCCUGCGUUGUCUUGGCUGUGUGCUUAGAGUCGUUGUCCUGUUGGAAGGUGAACCUUCGCCCAGUCUGAGGUCCUGAGCGCUUUGGAGCAGGUUUUCAUCAACUAUCUUGCUGUACUUUGCUCCGUUCAUCUUUCCCUCGAUCCUGACUAGUCUCACAGUCCCUGCCACUGAAAAAUAUCCCCACAGCAUGAUGCUGCCACCACCAUGCUUCACUGUAGGGAUGGUGCCAGGUUCCCUCCAGACGUGUUGCUUUGCAUUCAGGCUUCAAACUUCAGAGUUCAAACUUUGUUCCAUCAGACCAGAGAAUCUUGUUUCUCAUGGUCUGAGAGUUCUUUGGGUACCUUUUGGCAAACUCCAAGUGGGCUGUCAUGUGCCUUUUACUGAGGAGUGGCUUCCGUCUGGCCACUCUACCAUAAAGGCCUGAUUGGUGGAGUGCUGCAGAGAUGGUUGUCCUUCUGGAAAGUUCUCCCAUCGCCAUAGAGAAACUCUGGAGCUCUGUCAGUGACCAUCGGGUUCUAGAAACAUCUCAAGGAUGAUCAAUAGAAACAGGAUGCACCUGAGCUCAAUUUCGAGUCUCAUAGCAAAGGGUCUGAAUACUUAUGUAAAAAAGGUAUUUCAGUUUUACAUUUUUAAUAAAUGUGCAAAAAUGUUUAAAAACCUGUAGUACACAGCGUUGUACGAGAUCUUCAGUUUCUUGGCAAUUUCUCGCAUAGAAUAACCUUCAUUUCUCAGAACAAGAAUAGAUUGACGAGUUUCAGAAGAAAGUUAUUUGUUUCUGGCCAUUUUGAGCCUGUAAUCGAACCCACAAUUGCUGAUGCUCCAGAUACUCAACUAUUCUCAAGAUAACCAUUUCGGCGACCGAUGCGAGUAUCUAACCUACAAUAUCUGUCAACAACGGCUACAGCACCUUCCAGUUCAACGUGGGGGGCCGAUUCAACCUCACUGGGGUCUUCCUGGAGACCUCCUGCCCAGACUGUCUGGUGAUGAAGUGGGUCAUUUAUAUAAUUGUACAUUUGAGCCAUUUAGCAGACACUCUUAUCCAGAACAAUUUACUGUUAGGGGGUAUUCCAGUGUUUUUCAACUCUGGUCCUGGUGUACCCCCAACAGUACACAUUUCUGUUGUAGACCCACACAAACACACCUGAUUCUACUAGUCAACUAAUCAUCAAGGCCUUGACAAGUUCAAUCAGGUGUGUUUGCCCAGGGCUACAAGAAUGUGUUGGGGGUCAAUUAGGACUGGAGUUGAGAAACACUGGUGUAGGCUACUCAGCUAAGGUCAGGUAGGUCAAAACAACCACAUACUGCAUUACAAUCAUUGCAAGUGAACCGUUCUUCAAAAUACCCACUGGGCACGGGAGUAAUUUCACUGAAAUGACGUGGAAACAACAUUGAUUCAACCAGUGUGUGCCCAGUGGGUAGCCUCUAUCAGACUCAAACUCAACUCUGGACCUCGAAGCCACUGCUUUCUUUCAUCGUUCCCCUUCAAUCAGGGACUGAUUUAGACCUGGGACAUAAGGUGGGUGCAAUUAAUUAUCAGGUAGAACAGAAAACCAGCAGGCUCCGGACCUCGUAGGGUAAGAGUUGAGUACCCCUGCUCUAUCAGCUAAAUCAGUGCCAGGAAGAAAAACAAGUGCGGGUGUGAGUGUAAGAAAGAAAAGUACAACAGUAAAGUAUAUAUUUUUUUAUGUUGGGAGGUGAGCUCCAGGAGGAGGGAGUCCACGGACCUGUAACUGCUGAGGAAGGUGGAGGGUGGGAGAGAGGUGGAGGAAGAGGAGAUGGAUGAGUACAGGGGACAGGUGGAGAGUCUGGGGCUGCCUCUGCCAGUGGUGAUGGAGCCUGGGAAAGCCCUCUGUGGAUAUUAUGUCUUUCGUCUAAUCUGGAUAGAAGAAGAAGCUGGAUCAAUGUGA